AUGCCAUCUUUCAAGGACUCCGUCUCCUCUACCCCUGCGGGCCCUUCGUCGGCACCUACCCCGGCCUCGACUGUUCCCACUCAGUCCACUCGCGAGACUCUCCACGGUGCUACUGCAUCUUUGACCGCACAAGGCCUCAAUCUCUGCCCUCAUUGCUUCCGUGAGAUGUCUCACUGCAACGAGCGCUUCGAAUUCGCUUAA